AUGAGCGACGCACCAGCAGCGCCCGUCGAGGCUGUCGAGGUCCCGGCCGUCGAGACUUCGGCCGUUGAGGUGUCGGCUGAAGAGACUGCGGCUCCCACUGCCGCCGAGGAGACGCCCGCAGAGACUGCUCCGGCCGCUCCUGCCGAGACCACCACAGAUGCUCCUGCCGAGACUGGCGCAAAGGCUGCCGACGGCAAGAGCACCAAGAACAGCAGCAAGUUCGACCCCAGCGUGCUGCCCGAGUCCGAGGAUCACUCGGCCAUCCAAACCCAGGUCCACUUCUACUUCAGCGAUAGCAACCUGCCGACGGACAAGUUCCUGUGGGAACUGACGGGCGGCGCCGAGAACAAGCCGGUGGAGCUUAAGAAGAUCUGCCAGUUUGGCCGCAUGCGUCGCUUCAAGUCGUACGAGACCGUGGUCGCUGCUCUGCGUGACAGCAAGUUCCUCACCGUCAGCGGCCCUGCCGGCGCCGAGGUCGUCGUGCGCAAGAAUGCCUACAACCCAGACCGUCCCCGCAGCAAGAUCGACGCCGCUACCGUCUACGUCAAGGGCUUUGGCGACGAGGAGCCUUCGACGCAGUUCGACCUCGAGGCCUUCUUCACAAAGUACGGCACCGUCAACGCCGUGCGCCUGCGCCGCACCGCCGACAACCUGUUCAAGGGCUCCGUCUUUGUCGAGUUCCAGGACCCCGAGCAGGCCGAGGCCUUUCUCAAGCUCGAGCCCAAGCCGCUGUGGCGCGACCAGGAGCUCAAGAUCAUGUCCAAGCCCGCCUACGUCGCCGAAAAGUCCCAGCUGAUCCGCGAGGGCAAGAUCGAGCCCAACACCAACAGCGCGCCGCGCUUCUUUGAGGGCCGUGUCCUGGGCGGCAAGCGUGGUGGCGGUGGCUUCCGCGGCCGCGGUAACGGCCACCACCACGGUGGCGACAAGAACGACUGGAAGAAGCGCCGCGACGACGACCGCAAGAACGGUUUCCGCGGCGGCCGCGGCGGCCGUGGCGGUCGCGGUGGCCGCGGUGGCCGCGGUGGCAACAACUGGAACAACAACAAGGAGCGCAGCAACGAGCGCAACGACGAGCGUGCGGCGGCUGCUACGCCUGCCGCUGCCGCCAACACCACAAACGGCGGCAAGCCGGUGAUCCACGCGACCAACGAGAAGGGCGAGGUCGUCGACGCCGCUAACGGCAACAAGCGCGCCCGCGAGGACGACGGCGCGGCGCCGCCCGCCAAGAAGGUCGAUGCCAAGGAGGCAUGA